GCGUGGUUCUAAAAUGAAAGUGAAAGUAGAUAAACCAAAAAAGAGCUGAGACAAAGGAAUUUUUUUUCAGCGUACUUUUAUUGAGAAAAUAAAAACGUUUACACGAGAAUGUUUUUGUGUGUGACUCUCCUGAUUCUCUACAGAGUUAUGGAAUCACAAUCAGAACAAUUACAGGUGGUUGGUUCAGCAGUUCCUCUUGUUGCUGUAGCUGGUGAAGAUCUGGUUCUGCCCUGUUUUAUCAAACCCAACACCAGUGCUGUGGACAUGACAGUGGGGUGGAUGAAACUGGAAAAAGGGGCUUCAUUAGUGCAUCUCUAUAAGGAUCAUGAAGACAGAAAUGAAAAUCAGGCUCAGCUUUACAGAGGAAGAACAUCACUGUUUGAAGAAGAGCUACAGAAAGGCAAUGCUUCACUCAAACUCUCAGCUCUCAGAGUCUCUGAUGCAGGAAAAUAUAAGUGUCUCAUUGAGUACAAAUCCUGGUAUGAUGACGUCACUGUUCAUGUCACUGUAGAGGCUCAGGGAAGCCACCCGGUAAUCACGAUGGAGAGUUAUGAUAACUCAGGAGGGAUUCAUUUAGUGUGUGAGUCCAGAGGCUGGAUCCCUGAACCUGAGGUUCUGUGGCUGGACAAAGAAGGAGCCACUCUGCCUACAGAAGACACACAAAUCCACAGAGACACUGAUGGAUUCAGUGUGACACACCGCAUCAAUGUUUAUGAUUAUAGUGACUCUAACAGAUUUUAUUGCAGACUUCAGCAAAAACAUCACAUGAUGGAGACAGAGAUCAUCAUUAAUCGUAAAGUUUUUGAUAUUUGGAAGUGGAUUGUCGGCAUUUCAGUUUCCGCAUGUCUUAUUGCUGUCGGAUUAAUUAUAACUGCAGUCCUCUGUUACAAGAAAGAGAUGCAGAGACAGAGAGUGGAAGACGAGCUUAAAAAGAGAAGAGAUACGCAGAGCUGCAGAGACAGAGAGUGGAAGAUGAGUUUAUAAAGAAGAAGAAGUUUGCAGUGGAUGUGAUUCUGGAUCCUGAUACUGCACAUCCAUAUCUCAUCCUGUCUGCUGAUGGAAAACAAGUGACAGAUGGAGACGAGUGGCAGAAUCUUCCUGAUACACCACAGAGGUUUACUUAUUAUAUUAAUGUUGU